AUUCUAUCUGGCGUAUAUAUUCCCCUUGUCCAUGCGUUUGUUCCCUCAUCAACCUCGCUCGCUGCCAUUAUUUGCUUCUCCUCCUCCUCCUCUUCGCUGUCCAUCCAUCCGUCUCCUGGUACUUCGCUUCUCCGAUCCCCACUGCCUUAAUAUUCUGCAGCCCAGAAGCUCUGCGCUUUGCUCCGGCCGCUUUGCUUCAUUCCCGCCACUGUUCCUGCCUCAAAGGUCCGGGCUUUACAGCUGAGAAGCGAGCAGCGGCGUUCAGCAUGUUGGGAGCGAGCCCCAAGGCCAAGAAAGGCGUGCCGGUGAAGCUGGGAUCGAUGAAGAACGCUCAUGUGGCCGCCACCGGCGCCGGGGCGCCGGCGGGAGGGAAGGUCCCUGCGGAGGAGGUGUGGGAGGUCCGGCCCGGCGGUAUGCUGGUGCAGAAGAGGGGCGGCGCGCUGUCCGACGACGAGCCGUCGGCCAACGUGAAGCCGGUGCCGACCAUCCGCGUCAAGGUGAAGCACGCCGGCGUCACGCACGAGAUCUACAUCAGCUCGGAGGCGUCCUUCGGGGAGCUGAAGAAGAUGGUGGCGGCGAAGACGGGGCUGCACCCGGACGACCAGAAGGUGCUGUACAAGGACAAGGAGCGGGACUCCAAGGCGUUCCUGGACAUGGCCGGCGUCAAGGACCGGUCCAAGGUCGUCGUCGUCGAGGACCCCGAGGCCCGCGCCCGCCGCCUCAUCGAGGAGCGCCGCAACGGCCACCUCGAGAAGGCCGUCAAGGCCGUCGCCGCGGUCACCGCCGAGGUCGACAAGCUCGCCCCCAAGGUGGCGGCGCUGGACGCGUCGGUGCGGAAGGGGGAGAAAGUGGCGGAGAACGACGUGGCGCAGGUGACGGAGCUGCUCAUGAACGAGCUGCUAAAGCUCGACGCGGUGGUCGCCGACGGCGACGUCAAGGCCCAGAGACGGAUGCAGGUGAAGCGCGUGCAGAAGUACGUGGAGACGCUCGACGUGGUGAUGGCCAAGAACGCCGCCAUCGUCCGCAAAGCCGGCGAGAAGGUCGCCAACGCCAAGCAGCAGCAGCAGCCGCCGCAGCCGAGACAGCAGCAGUCUCACCAUCAGUAUCAGCAGCAGCAGCAGCCGGCGGCGCAGACGCGGUGGGAGAUGUUUGACCUGCUAUCAUCGCUGCCGUCGACGUCCUCGGCCUCCUCGACGACCACCGUCAGCUCCACGGCGUCGUCCGGCGCCCCGCCGGCGAACCGGCUCGACUGGAUGCUGUUCUGAGGAUGAUACCCGUCACCGGUCACCAGCGCAAAAGGCAAAAGCAAAAGGCGAAUGCAAUGCUUGUGUGCCAAGAAUUGCACCCGUGCCCAUCAAAAUCUGAUAGGAUGUGUGGUGUCCUGAUGAGACGAUGAUUGGGCUAGCUAUGUGCUGCUGCUGCUUACUUUGCUUGGUCACGCAUUGCAUUGCAUGGUACCACUUCUAGUUCAUCAUGUGGGAGAUUUGAGAGUAUUUUCUUUUUUCUUUUUCUGUUCUUCUUGUUCAUCAAAUGUUUGAAAUUCUUUUGUGUGCAUAUUAUUCAGAGAGAGAGGGGGGGGGGGGGGAAGUUGAUUAGGGUAAGUCAAGUGUAUUCAGAACAGAUUGGGAAUAAGUCAAAAGGGUUGUCGAUCUCCAAUUGGCGUUUGAAGAAAUAUACCCAUGCCUACACAUAUAGUCACAUACUACCAAUCAAUACAUGCAUACUGUUCUUGAGAAUGAGACGAGGAGACUACUGGUAACUGGUGGAUGCAGAUUUUCUUUUUGAACUACAGUUGAUGCAGAUUUUCCUGUAAUAAAAAAGGAUUUGUUGUUGUCU